AUGAAGACUCCAAUAAUCCUUUCAACUUUCAUAUUCAUCCUUCUUGCCAUCAUCUCUUCGUGCUCGUUAUCGGCUGCAGCUGAUAACGAUGAUCACGAAGAUUUUCUCGAGUGUCUCUCCGAGCGAUACCACAACUCGAUUUCCAACGUGACAUAUACCCCAAACAACUCAUCCUACGCAUCCAUUCUCCGAUUUUCCAUCCAAAACCUUAGAUUCACUUCCCAAUCGACCCCGAGACCCCAAGUGAUCAUAACACCCGAACACGAGUCCCAAAUCCCGCGCGUCAUCCACUGCGCCAGAGAAAAUGACAUGGAGAUCAGAAUUCGAAGCGGGGGCCACGAUUACGAAGGGUUGUCCUACGUAUCCCAAGUCCCAUUCGUAAUCCUUGACUUAAUCAACUUUAGCGAGAUAACUGUCGAUCCAGAGGCAAAGACUGCAUGGGUUGGGUCAGGAGCGACUAUUGGCUCCUUGAACAAUUUCGACCGGCUUGUUCGGGUGAAAACCGCGGUGGAUCCCGACAAUUUCUUUAGGAAUGAACAGAGUAUUCCACAAACUCACCACAUCAUGAAGAGUCCAAUAAUCCUUUCCACUUUCAUAUCCAUUCUUCUUGUGAUCACCAUCUCUUCGUGCUCGUCAACAGACGAUCACGAAGAUUUUCUCGAAUGUCUCACCGAACGAUACCACAACUCGAUAUCCAACGUGACUUACACUCCAAACAACUCAUCCUACACAUCCAUUCUCCGAUUUUCCAUCCAUAACCUUAGAUUCGCUUCCCAAUCGACCCCGAGACCCCAAGUAAUCAUAACUCCCGAGCACGAAUCCCAAGUCCCUCUCGUCGUCCACUGCGCCAGAGAAAACGACAUGGAGAUUAGAAUCAGAAGCGGGGGCCACGAUUAUGAAGGUCUAUCCUACGUAUCCCAAGUCCCGUUUGUAAUCCUCGACUUAAUCAACCUUAGUGAGAUAUCAGUCGAUCCCGAGUCAAAAACUGCAUGGAACGCGACUCAGCUCGUGCACCGAUGGCAGAGCAUCGCCCACAUGAUCGACCCGGAUCUAUUCGUCAUGAUACUAAUCACGAGGGGAAACUCGGCUCGAAACGGAAGAAAUAAUAACUUCACUAUCCGUGUCACAUUCAACUCGACUUUCCUCGGUGGGGCCGAUCGGUUGAUCUCGAUUAUGGACCAAAAUUUCCCCGAGCUAGGGUUGACCAGAGAAGACUGCGUUGAGAUGAGUUGGAUAGAUUCGGUUCUUUACUUCGCGGGCUCUCCUAACGAACCACGUGAGGUUUUGCUAAACCGGACGCAACCCUUUGUGAGGUAUUUCAAGGCAAAAUCGGAUUUAGUGCAGAGGCCAAUCCCCGAGCAAGGGCUCGAGGGCAUGUGGAGAUUAUUCUACGAACCCGAAAGCGAGGAGGCCUUAGUCAUCAUGGUCCCGUUUGGCGGCGUGAUGGAUAAUAUUUCCGAAUCGGAUAUCUCGUUUCCUCACCGCGCCGGGAAUAUGUACAUAAUGCAAUAUUACACGUAUUGGCGGGAAGACAAUGCUCGGAAUUCGGACAGGUACAUAAGCUGGAUUAGGCGGCUCUAUAGCUACAUGGCUCCUUACGUAUCGAGUUCACCUCGGGCCGCGUAUGUUAACUGUAGAGAUGUCGAUAUUGGAGAUAACAACAAUGAAGGGAGGAUCGGUUAUGCGCGGGCAAGCAUUUGGGGAAGGAAGUAUUUCGGGAAUAAUUUCGACCGGCUUGUUCGGGUGAAAACCGCGAGCCCAAAUCUUGCAACUCUAUUAAUCUUCACCAUUGGUACCAUCUUCUCGUGCUCGUUAACCGCCACAGCCGAUCACGACGAUUUUCUCGAAUGUCUCAUCGAAAAAAACCGCGACAACUCGAUCUCAAACGUGACUUACACCCCAAACAACUCAUCCUACGCAUCCAUUCUCCGAUUUUCCAUCCAAAACCUUAGAUUCACUUCCCAAUCGACCCCGAGACCCCAAGUGAUUAUAACUCCCGAACACGAGUCCCAAAUCCCGGCCAUCAUCCAAUGCGCCCGAGCCAACGACUUGCAGAUUAGGACACGAAGCGGGGGCCACGACUACGAAGGCCUAUCCUACGUGUCGAGAACUCCAUUCGUAAUCGUCGACCUAAUCAACCUCGGCGAAAUAACAAUCGACACCCAAGAAAAAACUGCGUGGAACGCGACUCAGCUUGUUCACCGAUGGCAGAGCAUCGCCAGCACGUUCGACCGAGACUUGCUCGUCAGAGUUUUCGUCAGACGGGCGAACUCGACUCGUGCGGGUCGGGAUUUCACGAUCCGGGCCUCGUUUACCGCGACCUUCCUCGGAGGAGCCGAGAGGUUGGUCUCGGUAUUGCGACGGAGUUUUCCCGAGCUAGGGUUGACGAGAGAGGACUGCGUUGAGAUGAGCUGGAUCGAGUCGGUUUUGUACUCGGCCGGGUUACCUAUCCAACCGCGCGAGGCUUUACUCGAUCGGGCCCAACCGAGCUUCAUGUGGUAUUUCAAGGCGAAAUCGGACUACGUGACAAGGCCCAUUCCAAAAGGCGGGCUCGAAGGCCUUUGGAGAUUGUUAUACGAGCCGGAAGCCGAGCAAGGGGAGAUACUCAUGACGCCGUACGGUGGGGUGAUGGACGAGAUUUUGGAGACGGAAGUUCCAUUUCCGCAUAGAGCCGGGAAUUUGUAUAGUCUCCAUUAUCAAGUGAGGUGGCCGGAGAACGAAAAUCGGAAUCCCGAGAGGUAUUUGGCUUGGAUUCGGAGGCUUUAUAGCUAUAUGGCUCCUUACGUGUCGAGUUUUCCUCGGGCAGCGUAUGUUAACUAUCGAGAUCUCGAUAUUGGAGUUAACGGUGAUGAAGGUCAGGGGAGUUACGCGCGAGCAAGCGUUUGGGGAAGGAAGUAUUUUAAGAACAAUUUCGACCGGCUUGUUCGGGUGAAAACCGCGGUUGACCCGGAGAAUUUCUUCCGGAAUGAACAGACUUACGCUGAUACCGAUCACGAAGUUUUUCUCAAAUGUCUCGAAGAUUUCCACGACUCAAUUUCCAACGUGACUUACACUCAGAACAACUCAUCCUACUCGUCCAUUCUCCGAUUUUCCAUCCAAAACCUUAGAUUCACUUCGCAAUCAACCCCGAGACCACAAGUGAUCAUAACCCCCCAGCACGAGUCUCAAGUCCCGCCCGUCAUCCAUUGCGCCAAGAAAAACGACAUCGAGAUCAGAACCCGAAGCGCAGGCCACGACUACGAAGGCCUAUCCUACGUAUCUCAAAACCCUAAUUUCAUAAUCCUCGACUUAAUCAACCUUAGUGAAGUCACCAUCGACCCCGAGAAAAAAACCGCGUGGAGCGUCGCGAACGCAAUCGACCGAGAUUUGUUCAUCCGAGUUUUUGUCGAAAGGAUGUCGGUUCGGAAGAAUUUCACGAUCCGCGCUUCGUUCAAUUCGGUUUUCUUUGGAGGGGUCGAAAGGUUGAUUCCGAUGAUGCAAGAAAAAUUCUCCGAGCUAGGGUUAACGAGGGAAGACUGCACCGAGAUGAGCUGGAUCGAGUCUGUGCUUUACUUCGCGGGCAUUCCAAUAGAAUCGCGCAAGGCUCUACUCGACCGGGCUCAACCCGAAGUAAGAUACUUCAAGGGGAAAUCGGACUACGUUUGGAGGCCCGUUUCGAAACAGGGGAUCGAGGGCCUUUUGAGGCUAUUUUACGAGCCCGAAGGAGAGAAAGCAAGCAUCAUCAUGGUGCCAUACGGUGGAGCAAUGGACGAGUUUUCCGAGUCGUGGACUCCGUUUCCGCAUAGGGCCGGGAAUUUGUACAGUCUACAUUAUGCCGUGUAUUGGGAAGAACACGACUCGGAAAAUGCCGAUCAAUACAUCGAUUGGAUCACGAGGCUUUACGAUUAUAUGGCUCCAUAUGUUUCAAGCUCGCCAAGAAGGGCGUACGUUAACUAUAGAGAUCUCGACAUAGGAAGAAAUGGAGGAGAGUCGAGCUACGCGCGGGCGAGUGUUUGGGGUCGGAAGUAUUUCGACCGAAAUUUCGACAGGCUUGUUCGGGUCAAAACCGAAGUGGAGGAACCUAUAUCAGAAUCCGGUAUCGAGGGAAUGUUGGAGCUUUUGAAAGAAUGGGAAGCCGGGAUGGCGGAGAUUCUCAUAGUCCCGUACGGCGGGAGAAUGAAGGAGAUUCAAGAAUCGGCACUUCUGUUUCCUCAUAGAGCGGAAAUUUGUACAAAAUACAACUGGCGUAUUGGACAAGGCACGGGAAGAGGCAACCGAGAGGUUGAUGAGUUGGGUGAGGAGAUUACGCCUUACGCAUCAAGUUUCCAAGAAAGGCUUAAAUCACCUUCCAGGAUUUGGAUUUGGAAGUGA